AUGGGUUCCAGAGUUGCCCAAUACAUUUAUCAGAAGCAAUCAGAAUACGACAACAUAAAGUGCAAGGUUUUUGCUUUUCAAGAACUCUUGAUUGAAAUAAAUGAUACAGAAGAGGAACGAGGGGGAAGGAAACUCUCUUCAAAUGAGCCUAAGGAUGUACAAUAUGUGAAUUCUGAAUAUGGAAAGAAUGCCGUGAGAAUCCUGUACGUUAGACGAGAAGGGAAGAUACACUGCAUUAAAGAACUGUCAAUCUCUGUACACAUAAGACUCAACACCGUGGAUGAAUACUUGAAUGCUGACAACUCCAGAGUCAUCCCCACAGACACCAUAAAGAAUACAAUUGAAGCCUUGGCCAAAUGCAAUGGGAUCAGAACAAUAGAGGAGUUUGGGCUUGAUAUCUGCAAACACUUCAUUAAAACGUUUUGCCACGUGGUGUACUGCAAUGCCUUUAUCCAAGAGGUUCCAUGGCAGCGCCUAGAAAAGGACUGUACUCCCCAUGCCCAUGCUUUUCUCUACAGCUCUGAAGGAAUUCGAUUUUGUGAAGUGGAACAGACUCAGGACAGUGCUCCAAUUGUUUUUUCUGGCAUUAAGGACCUAAAACUUAUGAAAACAACCCAAUCUGGAUUUCAGGGUUUCCUUAAAGAAAAAUACACCACACUUCCAGAAAGGAUAGAUAGAGUGCUGUCGGUAGAAACACUCAUCAAGUGGUGCUACGGUGAAUGCUUAGAUGGCCUUGAUUACGACUGCAUAUGGAGAACUGCCCAUGAAAGUGUCCUUGAUGCUUUUGCGGGGCCACCAGAAACAGGCCAUUACUCACCAUCUUACCAGAAGACAGUCAACUGCAUUCAGACAUUCAUUCUGGAAAGAAUUCCACAGAUUGAAGAGGUAGAAGUGAUCUUGUCUAACAUCCACUAUUCAGUGACAAAUUUAGAAAAACUGGGAUUAAGCAAUGACAAGGAGAUUUUUACACCUCAGGAGACACCCUUUGGUGCUUGCGCAUCUACCCUGCGUAGGAAGGACUGUUCAAAAAAACUGCGUAAUAUGCCAGUAGACUGCAAACCCCGUUGCUCUUUUGGAUGGAAGAUUGGCCGUGGAUUACACUGA